ACGGGGUGGGGACCGGCCAUGUCAGAGGUGACCCGGAGUCUGCUGCAGCGCUGGGGUGCCAGUUUUAGGAGAGGCGCUGACUGCGACUCUUGGGGCCAGCUGGUGGAGGCGAUAGACGAGUAUCAGAUAUUAGCAAGACAUCUCCAAAAAGAGGCCCAAGCUCAACACAAUAAUUUUGAAUUCACAGAAGAACAAAAGAAAACCAUAGGCAAAAUUGCAACAUGCUUAGAAUUGCGAAGUGCAGCUUUACAGUCCACACAGCCUCAAGAAGAAUUUAAACCGGAGAACCUGAAGAAGCUAGAACCAAUCCUAAAGAAUAUUCUUACAUAUAAUAAAGAAUUCCCAUUUGAUGUUUAGCCUGUCCUGUUAAGAAGAAUUUUGGCACCUGGUGAAGAAGAGAAUUUGGAAUUUGAAGAAGAUGAAGAAGAGGGUGAUGCUGGAGCAGGGUCUCCUGAUUCUUUUCCUGCUAGAGUUCCCGGUACUUUCUUAUCAAGGUUGCCAUCGGAACCAGGAAUGACAUUACUCACUAUCAGAAUUGAGAAAAUUGGUUUGAAAGAUGCUGGGCAGUGCAUCGAUCCCCAUAUUACAGUUAAUGUAAAGGAUCUGAAUGGCAUAGACUUAACUCCUGUGCAAGAUACUCCUGUGGCUUCAAGAAAAGAAGAUAUAUAUGUUCAUUUUAAUGUGGACAUUGAGCUCCAGAAGCAUGUUGAAAAAUUAACCAAAGGUGCAGCUAUCUUCUUUGAAUUCAAACACUACAAGCCUAAAAAAAGGUUUACCAGCACCAAGUGUUUUGCUUUCAUGGAGAUGGAUGAAAUUAAACCUGGGCCAAUUGUAAUAGAACUAUACAAGAAGCCCACUGACUUGAAAAGAAAGCAAUUGCAAUUACUGACCAAGAAACCACUUUAUCUUCAUCUACAUCAAACUUUGCACAAGGAAUGAUCCUGACAUGAUGAACCUGGAACUUCUGUGAAUUUUACCACUCAGUAGAAACCAUCAUAGCUCUGUGUAGCGUAUUCACCCUUCAACAGGCAGGAAGCAAGCCGUACCCAGACCAGUAGGCCGGAGGGAGUCCAAUGCAAAGCUGUACCACAGAAUUCAAAGUCCAGCACAUCACUGAUGUAUAGGACUCCUUUGGAUACAGGUUUAUUGCAGCUUUUGAAACAUGUUUU